AUGAAACGGAAUGAAUCUCAAAAAAGCGUCCAACGGAUACCGGUGAGGCGGCUCAGCGACCAGCUGCCUGCUCUCAAUCUACCUCUGCGCUCCAACUCCAUCACUAUCAGAGCGCUCGCACAACACUCCGCUUAUUUAGCUGAGAAGGCAUUAAGACAAGAGCAACAAGAAGAAGAGGAAAAAAGCCAAGCUGCUGCGGUAUCGUGGUGCAAGCUACUUAGGUUCGCGAAACCAUGGGAGAUCAUGGUGCUGUUGGUUGCCGCAAUGUUUGCCUGCAUAAACGGAUUGUUCGUGCCCGUCGGUGUCAUCGUCUACGGCGAGUUCACGUCGUUGCUGAUCGACAGAACCGUUAUGAAUGGCACCUCAACACCAGUUUUGACUAUUUCCAUGUUUGGUGGAGGCAGAAAGUUAACAAAUGCAUCAGCGGCAGAGAACAGAGCAGCAUUGAUUGAAGACUCUCAGGCGUUCGGAAUUGGAUGUUUUGUGUUCGCAUUUUUGCAGUUCAUUGUGGGGGUCAUCAGUAUUGACCUCUUCAACUACAUUGCACUUAAACAGAUUGAUAGAGUAAAAGAGAGAUUCCUUCAAUCUGUUCUACGUCAAGACAUAUCGUGGUAUGAUCUGAACACGACAGUCAACUUUGCUACUAAAGUUUCAGACGACGUUGAAAAGUACAGGGAGGGAAUAGGUGAGAAGGUGCCGAUGUUGAUAUACUUGGUGAUGUCGUUCGUGUUUGCCGUGAUGAUCUCCUUCUGUUACGGCUGGCAAUUGACCCUGGUCAUCCUCUCGUGCACGCCCGUAGUCAUAGCCACUACCGCUGUAGUAGCUAAGGUACAAUCAUCUUUAACUACGAGAGAAUUAAAAGCGUACAGUGUGGCUGGUGUUGUCGCUGAAGAAGUUUUGGCUGCCAUUAGAACAGUGGUAGCUUUUGGUGGUGAGAGGAAAGAGAUAACCAGGUACACAACCCGAUUAGAGCCAGCCAGAAAAAUGGGAGUGAUGAGGGGUGUGUACUCUGGGAUAGGUAGUGGGGUCAUGUGGCUCAUUAUCUACGCAACGUACGCUCUCUCUUUCUGGUAUGGCGUCGGUCUUAUUCUAGACAGCAGACAUGAUGAGAAGCCUAUCUACACUCCCGCCGUAUUGAUGAUUAUAUUCUUCAGCAUUCUCCAAGGUGCUCAGAACGUCGGCUUGACAGCGCCCCACAUGGAAGCAAUGAACGCGGCCCGUUCGUCGGGAGGUUCCAUUUUUGCCGUCAUCGACCGAAAACCGGAAAUAGAUAGCCUCUCCACUCAGGGCACCAAACCCGAGAUCAAAGGGGACUUGGCUCUGAAAGAAGUCCACUUUACGUAUCCGGCGAGACAAGACGUCAAGGUAUUAAAUGGCCUGUCGCUUAAAAUAAAUCAGAAUGAGACGGUGGCGCUGGUUGGACCGAGUGGCUGCGGCAAGUCGACCGUACUCCAGCUGCUGCAGAGAAUGUACGAUCCCGACCAGGGCAGCGUCACAGCGUCCGGGAACGAUCUGCGAAACGUCAACGUUAGACAUCUACGGAAUCAUAUCGCCGUGGUCGGACAGGAGCCAGUGCUGUUCGCUGGCAGUAUUAAGGAUAACAUUAGACUGAGCAAUCCAUCCUGCACGGAUGAUGAGAUUGUCGUUGCAGCAAAACAGGCUUACUGCCAUGAUUUUAUUAAAAAGUUGCCAGAGGGUUACAACACCCUGCUCGGAGAGCGUGGUGCCCAGCUAUCUGGUGGUCAAAAGCAGCGUAUUGCGAUCGCCCGAGCUUUAGUUCGGAAACCGAAAAUACUGCUGCUGGAUGAAGCCACAUCAGCGUUAGAUUCUCACAGCGAGGCUAAGGUGCAGAGAGCGCUAGAUUCGGCCUCUCACGGAAGGACCACCAUCAUGGUGAGCCACAGGUUGGCGACAGUUCUAAACGCGAAUCGUAUAGUGUUCAUCGAUAAGGGCGAGGUGGUGGAGCAAGGCACCCACGAGGAACUGCUGAAGCUGAAGGGCCGCUACUACCAGCUCGUGCUGCAGAACGAGCCCAGCGUGGGGCCCAGUGGCGCCGACCCCACCACAUCCGCGCACGAUCCUGAGAAACGUGAAUAUUAUAUACGCCAAUAUUAUAAAGAGGAAUUAGUUUGCAUUUAAUAGGCUCCGAAACUAUAGGACCAGUUUUAAAAAAAAUUUCAAGAAGCUACAUCGGGCGAAGUCGUGGGAUGGUAGCUAGUGUUUUAUAGAAAUUAAACGUUGGCACGAAGUUCGCGGAGUCAGCUACUUCGAUAUGCUCGGUUUCAACGACCGAAACUUCAGAAGUUGGCAUCCGAAGAGUCCAUGAUAAGUACUACCGAAGAUACGAUCUCCGAAGACAGCGUGGUGAUGGAACCGAAUCCGCCCAACGAGUUCAGGCCGACCACAUGGCAGAUCUUGAAACUUUGCGAACCGGAGAAGUAUCUGAUGAUCAUAGGAAUAGUGGCAGCCAUUGCUGUCGGCUCAUCCUUUCCCAUGUUUGCUGUGCUCUUCGGUGAAACUUAUGGCUUAUUAGAAAGUUCUGACGAGGACUGGGUGCGAGGGGAGACGAAUAUGAUUGCAGUAUACUUCCUCCUGGUGGGCCUGCUCACUGGAGUUGGAAUCUUCUUUCAAAUCUUCAUCUUCAAUCUCACUGGAGUACGCUUGACAGCACGACUUCGAGUGGCAGCUUUCAGCACGAUGUUGAAACAGGAGAUCGGUUGGUUCGAUGACGCAAAGAACGGGGUGGGGGCGCUGUGCUCGCGGCUCGCUGCUGACGCGGCCGGCGUGCAAGGUGAUAAACCAUUUAUGUUUUUCGAACGACUUAAAACGAGGACAGAGGUAUCUACAUCUCUUUAUUUAAGUAAUCUAAAAGUAUCCAAAAGUCCGCCUUUGUACGAUUGUGCAUAAAGAAUUAAAUAAAUAAAAUAAAGAAACAUAAUAUGGUAGAAAUUAAAAUUUGUAACCUGUAAAAUAUCUGAAACGUCUUAAAAUAAUCAAAUAUCAAACUCAUUGUUAUCCGUUAAAAGUAGUUUAUAUAAAUAAAAUUUUAUUUUUGGUCACAUCGCAUCUCAAUAGAAUCUCAACGACAUGCAUCAUACCAUUGUACUGUCCACCUUAAGUCCAAUAUUAUCAAUUCAAUGUCUUCAACAUAAAUGGUGACAGGCAUAUAACAAUAUAGUACGUCAGGUAGAUAGUACUAGUACAACGGCAGAAUGGCAUCAUAGCAAAACUAACGUCAACAAACAGGCCACUGGCACAAGGAUCGGGGCGCUGAUGCAGGCGGCGGCAACCAUCGGGAUCGGCAUAGCGCUGUCGAUGUUCUUUACGUGGAAGAUGACGCUGGUGUCGCUGGUGUCGGUGCCGAUGGUGAUCGUGGCGGUGAUCCUGGAGGGGCGCGUGAUUGCGGAGGGCAUCGCCGCCGUGCGCGCCGCCUCCGACCGCGCCAACACCAUCGCCACGGAGGCCAUCACCAACAUCAGGACCAUCUCUGCGUUCUGUAACUAUACACUACCUUACCAGAUAGCAAUUUGAAUUUAAACUUGUUUCUAACAUGCAACAAGUUUGAUACAUCAAAAAAGAAGACUUGCUUCUAGUUUGCCAGCUGCAGCAACUUGCAGCAAGUUUAAAUCAAACUUUCUAGUUUCAGUGUGACAAACUUGCACUACUUUAGACGUAUCAAAGGUAGUGCAAGUGUACUGACUCGAAUACCUAGCAGGUACUCGCGUACUCGAGUACCUGGACUAGAAUACAGGUUUCGAGGCAAAUAUUACUUUGUGUUUACUAAGAUUUUAUUUACCUUUUUAUCAUUCAAAAAUUCUGGUCGAAAAGCGAUUGCGACUGUAAACUCAGAUCACAGCACAGAGUUUAGCCUAAAAGUCAAAGUAGUUAACUGGAACGGUUAGUUUCGAAUCCCAUAUUAAGAUCACAUUAAACGGCAUAUUACUCAUACAAUCUAACAAUAUAAACUGAUACCGCGAUGCAUUAAAUGAACAGCGCCAUCUAGUUUCGGGCACCUAUGAAGAUGAUGGGUGUAUUACAAAUAAGUAUCUUUGUCAUAACAAUAUUUAAAUAAUAUGGUCGCAAACUUGAAACUUCAUAUUUAACAUAACUAUAUUGCAGCGACAUUGUCACAAACUUGCCUCGUAUAUUCGACGAAGCAAUUUAGAAUCAAAGAAAAAUUAAACUUGCCCCAAGUUAGCAUGCUAUCUGGGUUACUACACUACCUUACUACCUUAACCGUAUAUGUAGACGUGUUCACAUGCAUUAUUUAAAGGAUUUCACUCGAUGGAUGUGGCUCAAACUAUCCUGAUGCUGCUUUUCUUAGUGAUAUUGACGUUGCCAAUAAAGGUCGACACGUCGAUCUCAUGCAUUAUGGUGGUCUUAUAUGAUGAGCACUACUUUCAGUACCCGGGGACAAGGGACGUGUAA